GUUUGAUUCCAGUAUUCUCCUCCAACAGUUGAAAAAAAAAAAUUCUCCUCCACCAACAAAUGUCCGCGUUUGCUUUUUCAUCGAAUCUCAACCAAACUUCAUAUCUAAACCCCAAUCGAUCAAUUCAUUUCUCCCCCACUAACUCAAUCAUCCCCAAUGGCAGAAUCAAAGCCAGACCCAUCAUCAAACUCUUCACCAGAUAAAGGUGUAAAAGCACCCAAUUUGUUCGAGAGGGCAAAGGAAGAGAUUGAUGCAAUGUUGCAUUUUGAGAGGCGCUCACAUCACCACCACAAGGAAACUCAUGGACUUCGCAAUGAUAUUGAUGAGAACACUCCCAUUACAGAUCUGAAAGCUCCAAAUGUGUUUGAAAGAGCAAAGGAGGAGAUUGAGGCUCUUGUUCAGACAAUUCAUCCCAAGAAAGACUCUAAACCUUCACAUGAUGAAACAAGGGAUGCUUCUACAAAAUCAGGGCCAAGACCAGAGAAGUCAGAUUCGCAUUCAGGGAAGGAUGCAAAGGCACACAAUCUAAUCGAAAGAACAAAGGACCAAAUAGAAGGAAUUAUGCACAAAGAGAAAGUACCACACCAUAAUCACAAAGAAACUCAUGGAAGGAGUGAUGACAUUGAUGAGAACACCCCUAUUGAGGAAAUUAAAGCCCCAAAUGUGUUUGAAAGAGCAAAGGAAGAAAUCGAGGCCCUUUUUCAAACAAUGCAUCAAAAGAAAGAGUCCGGCAAUGGUGUUUCCUCAGCUAAGAAGGAAGGUGGUAAAUUCACUAUGUCCAUUGGAAGAGGGUUGGAAAGAAUAUGCUCUCCUCGGGGUCAUAACAAGGAUCCACAUAGUUGAAAGGUCCAUAUCUCCUUUUCAGUCGUCGUCAUUCCAUUGCCAGCUUGCUUGCUUCUUUUUUUCUGCGUGUAUAUCGGUUAAAAAUUCUAGUUUUCCCUUUCAAUUAUUGUAUAUUACUUCAUGAUGAAAUUCUUAUGAAAUUGUGCUUAGUUGACUGCAUUGUGUACCAACC